AUGCAGUCUGCUCCUUGGCCGUCGCGCCUUGCGACUGUCGGCGACUCGCCUCUCUCCAAGAAGGUCGAGAUGACCAACUGGGAGUCCGGCAACUACAUCAACUACGCCAAGAUGAGCGAGAACCUCAGCAUCGUCCGCCAGCGUCUUAACAACCGCCCUUUGACCUACGCCGAGAAGAUCCUCUACUCCCAUCUUGACAACCCCCAUGAGCAGGACAUCGAGCGUGGUGUUUCUUACCUCAAGCUCCGCCCCGACCGUGUUGCUUGCCAGGAUGCCACUGCCCAGAUGGCCAUUCUCCAGUUCAUGUCCGCUGGCAUGCCCUCAGUCGCUACCCCUUCGACUGUCCACUGUGACCACUUGAUUGAGGCUCAGAUUGGUGGCGAGAAAGAUCUUGCCCGUGCUCAGGACAUCAACAAGGAGGUUUACGACUUCCUGUCUACCGCUUGCGCCAAGUACAACAUCGGUUUCUGGAGACCCGGCUCUGGUAUCAUUCACCAGAUCAUUCUCGAGAACUACGCCUUCCCUGGUGGUUUGAUGAUUGGUACUGACUCUCACACUCCCAACGCUGGUGGUCUCGGUAUGGCCGCCAUUGGUGUCGGUGGUGCUGAUGCCGUCGAUGUCAUGGCCAACCUCCCCUGGGAGCUCAAGGCCCCCAAGGUUAUUGGUGUCAAGCUUACUGGCGAGCUUUCUGGCUGGGCUUCUCCUAAGGACAUCAUCUUGAAGGUUGCCGGCAUUUUGACUGUUAAGGGAGGUACUGGAGCUAUCAUUGAGUACCACGGUCCUGGUGUCGACUCCAUCUCUGCCACUGGUAUGGCAACUAUUUGCAACAUGGGUGCUGAGAUUGGUGCCACCACCUCCCUCUUCCCCUUCAACGACCGCAUGUACGACUACCUGAACGCCACCAAGCGCAAGUCCAUCGGUGACUUCUCUCGCACCUACGCCAAGGAGCUCAAGGAGGACCAGGGCGCUGAGUACGACCAGCUCAUUGAGAUUAACCUCUCUGAGCUCGAGCCUCACAUCAACGGUCCCUUCACUCCCGAUCUUGCCACUCCCAUCAGCAAGUUCAAGGAGGCUGUCAAGGCCAACAACUGGCCCGAGGAGAUGAAGGUCGGUCUUAUCGGCUCUUGCACCAACUCCUCUUACGAGGAUAUGUCGCGUGCCGCUUCCAUUGCCCGUGACGCUCUCGACCACGGUGUCAAGGCCAAGGCUCUCUUCACCGUCACCCCCGGUUCUGAGCAGAUCCGCGCCACCAUUGAGCGUGAUGGUCAGCUCCAGACCUUCGAGGAGUUCGGUGGUAUGGUUCUUGCCAAUGCUUGCGGUCCCUGCAUUGGACAAUGGGACCGUCGCGAUGUCAAGAAGGGCGAGAAGAACUCGAUCGUCUCUUCUUACAACCGUAACUUCACCUCCCGUAACGAUGCCAACCCCGCCACCCACGCUUUCGUCACCUCCCCCGACCUUGUCGUGGCCAUGACCAUUGCCGGUACCCUCAACUUCAACCCUCUCACCGACUCCCUCAAGGACAAGGGAUGGCAACGAAUCCUCGAGCCCUUCAACGCUUGGGAUGGCAAGGACGCCACCGACCUCCCUAUCCUGAUCAAGGCUCAGGGCAAGACCACCACUGACCACAUCUCCAUGGCCGGUCCCUGGUUGAAGUACCGUGGUCACUUGGACAACAUCUCCAACAACAUGUUGAUUGGUGCCAUCAACUCCGCCAACGGCGAGGCCAACAACAUUGAGAACUUCACCACUGGUGAGUUCGGCACCGUUCCCGGUGUUGCCCGUGACUACAAGGCCAAGGGCAUCCGCUGGGUCGUUGUCGGUGACUGGAACUACGGUGAGGGUUCUUCCCGUGAGCACGCCGCUCUCGAGCCCCGUCACCUUGGUGGUCUCGCCAUCAUUGUCCGUUCGUUCGCCCGUAUCCACGAGACCAACUUGAAGAAGCAGGGUAUGCUUCCUCUUACCUUCUCCGAGCCUGCCGACUACGACAAGCUCAACCCCGACGACAAGGUCGACCUUCUCUGCACUGAGCUCGCCGUCGGCAAGCCCAUGACCAUGAAGGUUCACCCCAAGAACGGCGAGUCCUACGAGAUCAAGCUUUCGCACACCUUCAACGAGGGCCAGAUCGAGUGGUUCAAGAACGGUUCUGCCCUCAACACCAUGGCCAAGGCCGCUAAGCAAUAA